GCAGUAGAGGAACCAGCAGAGGUCCCGGUCCCAGAGCAGGGGUGGAGAGACCAGGGCGCCAUGAUCAUCUACACCAGUGGGACCACGGGGAGGCCCAAGGGCGUGCUGAGCACGCACCGAAACAUCAGGGCUGUGGUGAGUGCCGCCCCUCGCCACGAUGGCAUCGGUCACGGCGUGGCACUCUGGGUGGGCUCCCGGCCAGAAGCACAUCUGUUCAUUUGCUUCUCUCUGGAGUUGUUCACGGUUGUCACCGUCCUGCAAACCCGUGUGACAUACACGGACACAGGCCCGCAGGGUGUGGCCACUGGCCUCACUGGCCACGCAGGACGGCUCAGGCAGGGGCGAAGCCUUCAGGUGUAGAGGGAUCAAGGGGCCACCGAGUGACCCCGCCAGGACCACGUGGCGUGAGGUCAGAAGGGGCCACUCACCGCCUGUGAUGCUGAGGGGCUUUUCCGAGGCCAGCCACGUGUUAGGAUGCCUGGUCAGGACCCCACGUACACCUGCGUCUUACUCGUUAUUUUUGUGUCUUGUGACCGCAGUCACAUCUUCACAGAACUCUCCAGCCACAUCACUUACUUGUCAUUUGUAUAGUGUCCUAAAGUCUCCUAUGCUGUUGAAGCAAUAAAGAAAAAAUGAAAGCCGAAAGCCACAAAGGGGAAGGCAGAAGGUGGACCCCACGGAGUCGUGGGUUGACGGAGGCACCAUGAACACGCUGCAGGCUAGGCCCCGGGUGGCCUGCGCCGUCACUCCUGGAAGCAGCGCGCCUGUUGGGAGGGACGGGCUCCGGACUCCUCUGUCCUUGCUGAGGGGAGUGGCACUCACAUGUGCUUGUCCCUGGAGCCUGUGCAGGCAGCAGGCAGUGUCCUCUGUGAGACUGGACGGUGGAUUCAGUGGGCCGUGCCUCACACUGCUUCUCAGUAAGAGCUGAGGAUGCGCUCAGGAGCCUGGCCCUGGGUUCUGUCCUGGCUGAGCAGGUGACCGGUCUGGUCCACAAGUGGGCAUGGACCAAAGACGACGUGAUCCUCCACGUGCUUCCGCUGCACCAUGUCCAUGGUGUGGUCAAUGCGCUGCUCUGUCCUCUCUGGGUGGGAGCCACCUGUGUGAUGAUGCCUGAAUUCAGCGCCCAGCAGGUUUGGGAAAAGUUCUUAAGUUCUGAAACGCCGCGAAUCAAUGUCUUCAUGGCAGUGCCUACAAUAUACACCAAGCUGAUGGAGUACUAUGACAGGCAUUUUACCCAGCCGCAUGCCCAGGAUUUCUUGCGUGCAGUUUGUGAAGAAAAAAUUAGGCUCAUGGUCUCAGGCUCAGCUGCCCUGCCCAUCCCGGUGCUGGAGAAGUGGAAGAACAUCACGGGUCACACCCUGCUGGAGCGGUACGGCAUGACUGAGAUCGGCAUGGCUCUGUCCGGGCCCCUGACCGCCGCGGCACGCCUGCCAGGUUCUGUGGGGACCCCGCUGCCCGGAGUACAGGUGCGCAUUAUCUCAGAAAAGCCACAGAAGGAAGGCUGCUCCUACACCGUCCACGCGGAGGGAGAUGAGAGGGGGACCAAGGUGACCCCAGGGCUUGAAGAGAAGGAGGGGGAGCUGCUGGUGAGGGGACCCUCCGUGUUUCGAGAGUACUGGAAUAAACCAGAAGAAACUAAAAGUGCAUUCACCGUGGAUGGCUGGUUUAAGACAGGGGACACCGUGGUGUUUAAGGACGGCCAGUACUGGAUACGAGGCCGGACCUCAGUGGACAUCAUCAAGACCGGAGGCUACAAGGUCAGCGCCCUGGAGGUGGAGUGGCACCUGCUGGCCCACCCCAGCAUCACAGAUGUGGCGGUGAUUGGCGUUCCGGAUAUGACAUGGGGCCAGCGGGUCACUGCUGUGGUGACCCUCCAAGAAGGACACUCACUGUCCCACAGGGAGCUCAAAGAGUGGGCCAGAGAUGUCCUGGCCCCGUACGCAGUGCCCUCGGAGCUCGUGCUGGUGGAGGAGAUCCCGCGGAACCAGAUGGGCAAGAUUGACAAGAAGGCACUCAUCAGACGCUUCCACCGCUCGUGACCUGCGCACCAGGGGCUGGGCACUCGGACUGCGGGUCUGGCGGGGAGCAGCAGACGUCUCCCUCACACCGAGCACCGCGGGGGCCUGUCCGAGACCUGGCCUCCCCUAAGUCUGAAUGCCCCAAAUCAGGUCACGUAGAAUCAAAAACUGUUUGGGAUGAAAUCACCACGUGAGGUCCCCAGCCUUGGGCCAGUUGUUGCAGCUCAAGGAGACCGUCCCUGGUGUCACCUUCACCACCGACCUCGCCCAUGCAGCACGAUGCAGCCACGCUCUGGUGUUGCCGGCCCCACGUGCCCACGUCUUCGUGCACACAGUCUGCCAGCGCCCAGCCAGGCCCCUGUUUCCCCUCCGCUCCACCAGCCAAGAACAAGCUCAUCCUGGAGGGAACUCAUCCGCUCCUCCCUCCCCAUUAAAGCACAGUUUAUUCCCCGUCUUGGUCUCUCGUGCUGACCUGGCCUCUGGAGACACAGGCGGGGGGCCCUGUUUGCCAAGUCACCGUGACUGAGCCCCACAAGGAUACCUAAGUUCCACAUGGCUGGCAGCACCUCCCCCACACACCCUGCCCCUGCUGGGCGGCCCCACGCCACACAAGUUAGACCCAGGAGCAGGUUCCCUGGGAGCAGGGCUGCCACCCGCUGGGUCCGAAGCCGCCUCUGCAUGCCUGCUGCCUUUGACCUCCUGGGGAGGCUGGCUUGAAUCUGAAAAGUCAGCCAGCUCUGACCCCAGCCAGACAUGGGGGUGCUGCCAGGAGCUGCUCCCAGGCGAGUGGCCCAGCCUCUCUCAGGCACCAGGGGAUGGUGGGACUCCUGGUGACCAGCUGGUCCCCAAAGCUGUGGCACCGUGCCUGCUGCUGCCAGCAAAGUCCCACGUGCAGCCUGUGGUAGCUGCAACCCUGUCCCUCCUGCCCCUCCCUCAUCAGGGGCCAGGGUGAAACCCCCGCCACCCUCUGCCUUCCCUCCACCUGCGGCUUCCCGGGCAGGGAGACCAUGGGCCCAGCUCCUGCUUCCUCCAUUCGUUCCACAGAUAGGGCCCGGGCCAGCAGCCCAGGCAUUUGGCUGGUGGGUCCACUGAGGCCUAGAACCCACCGGGACAGGACAGGCCUGAGGCAGCUCAGGAGUGCCAAGCCGGGCCCACGUUCCCAGCUAACAGCGGCCCUUGGGGCUGCCCUUCCUCCCAGGUGUCCAGGCCCAACACAGAAGGCCUGAGCCUGCUGUGCCUCAGUUUCCCUACUCUGUAAACUGAGGCUGCUGCUCUCUUGGGGCCCUUCUAGCCCUGACCAAGGAGUGGGGGCUUUGUUCCCUCGGGAGUCCUGUCCAUGGGGACUAGCUGCACACAUGCCCCACACCUCCCUCCCACCUGGACUCUGUCCCAGUGGCUCCAGGGUUGGGAGCAGGAGCCUUAGGACCCAUGCAGCGCCAGGCACAGCAUGGAGCGAGACAGUGGGCGGUGUGAUAAGUGCUAUGGGCACCACUGACCUGGAGGAGCCAUGACUCCUGGACCCUUGUGUCAAAGCUUCUGGCCUCGUUUGCUGGGAGGCUGGGAGGAGGCCCUCGUGCAGAACAGCAGCUUGUUGCCGGCCUUGGUGAGAAGGCGGUGAGUGCGCCGGCCAGAGUUAACCAUCAGUAACGGGAUGUGUGCAGACGGGCGUGGACCACAGAGCAGGUCGGUGCAGCCGCUCUCCUGCCUGGAAGAGUAAAGUGGACCCUGUGUGAAAACGUUGACAAUGUGGCGAAUGAGCAGCUCACCAAACGCAUCAAUACAAAUGAUCACACCCCACGUGCAUCUCCUCAGCAGCCACAGGAGAGACCAGGUGACUGGAGGACAAACAUCCGUGACUACACCUCCUAAUCCAUCACCCACGACGGCCACGGCGUCCCCUGCCAGCCGCCGGCACAGCCAUGAGCACGGCUCGGGAGCAUGCGAUUGUCACGGGAUGGACGACCAUGGAUCUGCCUCUCUCUGAGCAGAAAGCCCGCAGGUCCCCACAGGCGGGUGUGGGGAAGGGGCGGGUCCCGGGUCCGACAGGCACCCCCUGAGCACCAGCCCCUCUGAGGGUGGCCGGAGGGCGCUGCCGCAGGUCCCCACACACCCAGCGCACACUGUCCCACACGCUGGAGGCACCUGCCAGGUUCUGACACCCUUCAAAUGCCUUCCCAGGGUUCUCGCACCUGCUGAAGUCGGCGCACUCAGCCUGCUUUGCACAUGAGCAGCUGAGGCAGGUGAGUUGAGGGCAGGGGUGUGAAUCACAGGCUUGGGGCCAAAGCCCAAGGUUGUCUCCUCUGGCCUGCAAGCUCAGGCUCACACGGGGAGCAGCCAGGCUGGACUGGGUGCAGCUUACGGACAUAGCUCGUGCUGCGGGCGACGGCCGCGGCUCCUCCAUGCAGCGCUGACACUGCUGUCUGCAGAUCGCACCCGGUCAGGAGGGAAUGGCCCAGGCAGGUGGGCAGGGCCACGGCUCGGCCAGGUAAGGCUGGGAGGGCCCAGGAUGGAUGUGCAUUGAGCCAGGCAGGAGAGCUGCAGAAGCGGAGGGAUGGGGAGGGUGUGCCAUGCAGAGGCCGCUAGGUCCUCAGGAGCUGAGCCUCACCCUGGGAGUCUCAAGGAGAGUGUCCCCUGGGCUUAGCCGGCAGCCAGGGCCAGCAUGUGAUCUGUGGCAGCCAGUCUCAGGGGUGGCCCGGUUCUCAGUCUUGCUGAAUGGAGACCCCCAGCUCCUAGGGCAAGGGCAGGCGGGGCAGGGCCGUCCCGGUCAGCUGACAGGAACUGAGCUGAGAAGGCUGCAAGUCGCCGAGUUGCCCUAACAGCAGCGUGGUCCUGCGGGCAGUACGGAGCCCGCCCUGCUAGGCACCCCACAGCCCCUGCGGCUCCCCAGCUGCCACUGAGGCCCAAUGCCCUAUGAGGAGGCUCCCACCUGUGGGCGGCAGAAUGACGGCCCCGAAGGCCCCGCUUCCUCACCCUGGGACCUGGGAGUUCACACAGCAGCGGGGACCUGCAACUGUGGACGGUCCAUCAGCUCCCUCAACAGGGAGGCUGCCCUGGGUGACCCGCGAGGGCACAGGGAACCCCCAUCCUGCUAAGUGGAAGAGGGAAGCCGUGGCAGAGGUGAGCGUGAGGGGGACUGGCCGGCCACUACUGGCUUUGUGAGGGACCCCCUGCCACGGAAACGCCUCCAGAAGCCCAAAGAGGCAGAAAAUGAAUUCUCCCAGGAGCCUCCAGAAGGAACCUUGGUGUUGGUGGAAUCGAUGUGGGAGGACUCGGAUGUGGGAGGACACGCGGGCGACCUGUCUUGGGUCACACUGGUUCCCAGUCCCCACACCAGCCGGCCUGGGCGGGAACCCUAAGAGUAAGGGAGGGGCCAACGCCAGGCUCUCCUGGAAACUGGCCCCGAGUGCCUCGGUCCCUGUGUCAGUGUGGGGUCUCGGUGGCCGCCCUACUGGCUCCAGGCACUCCCUCCGCCUUCCUGCCGCGUGGCUGGUCCUCCCUGGGCUGGCCUGAGGCGCCCUCCAUGCCCACUCGUCACAGCCGGCAAGAGCUGGGGGUGUGAAGCCAGGCCCACGAGGACUUGGAGGCGGAGGGGUCUCCAGUGCAGGGCAGGGCAGGGCCAGUUCCCUGGGGCCAUCUGCUGUGUCCAGGAGCCCAGUGCUGCCACUGGCCUUGCCCCAAUGUCCAGCUCUGCCUUUCAUCCCCUCAUCCCCUCAGCACCUCCCCCUACCUUCCCUCCAUGGGUCCCAAGCUAUGGCAAGUCCUUCAGCUGGGACGGCUGGCACCAGCUGUGCCCGCAACAGGUCACUCGGCGGCUCAGAGCCCAUGUCCUCAUCGGUGACACAGGAACAAAGUGCAGUCGUGCAAGGGCAUGAGAGGGUCCCGUGGAAGGCAUGUUCCAGAAGGUUCCUAGCCCAGCUCCAGGGAUGGGGAGGGAGCGCCAUGCAGAGGCCGCUCAGUAUGAGAGGCUCAGCAGAGGGGUCCCCUCAGUCCCUGACUAGUGGGCUCCCCAGGGCCGUGUCCAGGCUGGGACGGGUGGAGCUUGGUGCCUGCAGGCCAGUGAGCGCAUCCUCAGAACCCAGGGUGCUCCCAGGCUGGCCCAGGGCCUUAGGAGCACAGGGUGGGCACAGGACCCCAAGCUCUGCCAGCCAGGCCCUGACCAUCCUGGGCCGGCCGCUGCCUCCGUUCUGUGUCCACCCCUGUGCGAUGCGGCCUCUCUGGUGGCGCCCAUCCCAGCUUCGUUCCCCUGUGGGCCCUGCCCCCGUCUCCCUGGGACACGGGGGUGCGUGUGAAUCCACAUCAGCGAGCGUGUGUGCAGCCAUCAUAUACACGUAGAUACACGUGGGUGCACCUGCACACCCUGGCAUCACAGAGGAGGGAGACGCCACACCCUCAGUCCUCUCUGUGCCCACCCAGGCAGCCCAUUGUCAUUGGCUCGCAGGGCAUGCCCCCCAUUGGCAGUCUGACCAGACACUCACAACCAUUCAGUUACUCUAGCCACGGAGUCAUCAGUCUCCUUCAUUACCACCUGCCGGCCCUGCUCUGCCGCGCAGUGAAGCCCAUUAAGACAGCAGCAAUGCCAGCAGCACGUGGUGCCUUUAAUGCAUCAGCCGCGUGCCCAUAUUCCCAUCCCGAUGGGGAAGAGCCGCGUCUUAGCUAGAAAAAAGACGACACCCCACGCCGGCUGAAUGGGCCGCCCCCUGGGCGCACACACACGCUGACAGGUGUGCACAUAUGCUCACAGCACACACACACACAGACACAUAAGUGUCCACAAACAACACAGAUCUGGCCUCAGAGCCACACUCCAGGUGCGGCCGCCCUGGGCCCAGCAUCCAUGACAGCCACAGCAGGAUCAGAGCAGUCUCAAGGGCCGGGCGGGAGCCGGCAGAGCUGGCCCCAGGCUGAGCUUGGGGAGGUGGGCCCAGGCCCGGGACCCACGCUUUCUAAUCGGCGGGCGGAGUCCACGCAGCUCCUCCCAGUCUUCACGGAAGCCCACGGGUCGCCCUCCCGCUUCUGCUGUCCCCAGGAUAGUGAAAUCUACUAAUGUGGAUUAAGAACAUUUUUUUAAUAAAAAAACAUUUUAAAUAUUGAGGACAGAAGACAGAAGAUUACGGCCAACCAAUCCCAUGCACUUCACGGCCCAGGUUCACGGAGUCUGAGCCCUCUGGCUUCCUAAGCCUCUGGGCUCUGGUACCAGGUGGACGCCUUCCCCAGCCCAUGGGGCUCGCUGCUCACGGGGCCCCGAUGCCUGAGUGAUGUCGUGGGUUUAGGUUUCAGUGCUGGCACGUGUGGCCCACGGAACGCAGGCUCCUCCGUGAGGACGUUUUUGGCUCAUGCGGGGCUUUGCUGUCCCCUGUGUUGCCUGCCUUGCUCUGGUUGUCCUCAGGUCACUCUGUGGGGUGUGCACUGAGCCCAGCCAUCGGACCCUCCCCUCCAAGAGCAAAGCUGCAGUCGGCUGCAAGUGCAGCCUCUUUUGCAGAGUGGAAGAAUUUCUCCAGAAGAUAUUUCUGCGAGUGGAAUCACGGAUCGCAGGCCCAGAUGCCUUCCACUUCCUCGAUUUUGCCUGAUGCCUUCCAAGGAGGCUGUGCACAGCGGGUGUGAGACACCCCAUCUCACCAACCGGCCAACAUCCCGACGGGAGACGUUGAGUUUUCACCACGGUGCUGAGUGUGAUGUGGAGUCUUCUUAUUGUAAUUUGCAUUUCCCUGAUUACGAGUUAGGUGGAACAUCUCGAAUAUGUUUCUGGGCCAUUUGAUUUUCCUGCAAGUCGCCUGUUUCAGUUCUUUGCCCAUUUCCUGUUGGGCUUGUGGAUAUUUUUCGUGAUCGUGCGUUGGUUGCGUGGCUGGCCUUUGGCUUCAUUUGUUCUAUCAAAGCAUGUGCAGAAUUGUUAAAUUUUAAUGUAUUCAAAUGCAUUGAUCUCUUCUUUGUUAUAGUUUGAGCUUUUUGGGGUCUUGUCCUUAAAAACCCUUUCUUACUCAAAGCUCUUCAAUAUGUUUUCACAUAUGCUCUUCUAAAAGUUACAAAGCUUUGCUUUUCUCACUGACGCCGUUAAUUCAUUGGAAAUGCAUUUGUGUGUGGUAGGAAGUGCAGCCCUGGCUCUUCCACGUGGAAUUACUGAUUUCCCAGCGCCAUUCACGGAGCCACCCACCUCUCCCCACCACGCUCCCCCUGUGGCCCCGGCGUUCCCGGCUCCGGACUCUGCCUGGUCCAAGACCCUGUCUCCAGGCUGCACUGGGCUCCAUCCCACCUCCCGUAGCUUCAGCAGGACGGGGCGCCCACUCCUGCCUCCUCCCCAGCACGGUCUGAGCUGUUCCUGGCCAUUUGCUCUCUUUUUGUGUGUGUUUGUUUGUUUGU